UUUCAAUAACUAGCUAUACCUUAACAAACAUAUCCUCAAACUUUACGUCUAUUAACACAAUGGACUGUAAAUCAAAUGAUAAAAAUAUGCCUAAAAUUGCAACUUUUGACGAUUUGGUGGACAAUUUGCGGACCAUUUUCGAGGGCAACGAUAUAGAUGUGGAUUACGUCCAGAACCUAAUGCUCUCCUAUAAGAGUAAUCCCAUUGAAUGGCAAAAAUACGCUCAUUUCGACCGAAACACGUAUACCCGGAAUCUGGUGGACAAAGGGAACGGCAAAUACAAUCUAAUGCUCGUGUGUUGGUCAGAGGGGCCGGUAGUCACCCGUAUUCACGACCACUCAGAUUCGCACUGUUUUAUGAAAAUGUUGACGGGAAAUGUCCACGAGAUUAAGUACGAGUGGCCGGACAUCAAGAUGUCGUCUCAAGAGAUGAAUGUUUUGGAUGAGAGUGUCAUAGAAGACAAUGGCGUCGCGUAUAUCAAUGACUCGAUUGGUUUGCAUAGACUGGAGCACCGGUCGCCCACCUCUCAGGCCGUAUCCCUACACCUAUAUAUACCGCCGUAUAAUAAGUGCCAGAUAUUUGACGAGAGCACCGGUAGUAGAAAUGAAGUGAAAUCCACUUUCUAUAGUAAAUACGGUAUGCGUACACCGUUUACUGUGUCCAGUAACUAA